UGCCUUCCUUCCUUCCUUCCUUUCUUCCUUCCUUCCUGCCUUCCUUCCUUCCUUCCUUCCUUCCUUCCUUCCUUCCUUCAACUUACCGGGUCCGUCAGCGGCUGGCUCCUUUUCGCAUCCUCCCCUCCUCUUCCAGCAAGCCUGCGGUCAUGGCUUGCGCCACCCGCCCGGCUGUUUGACAACUUGAGCGCGCAGUGAGGUAGACGCACCUGGGUGGAUUGAUGCUCCUACCAUAGAGUCAGUCACACGUAGCAUCGGAAGGAAAUUUGAGUGAGCGAGCGAGCGAGCGAGCAGCUGGAGGGAGGAUGCAGGGGACGUGUUGGUGCGCCGUGUUCCUCCUCAUGCCUGUACUAAACCGGAUUCCGAGCGUCCGCUCGUCCAGUUCCGGGACGGUCAAGUCCGGGAGCCCCAAAUGGACUCUCAAGCGCGUGUGGACGGAAAGCGGCAAGGACGCGUCCAUAAGCAGGCUGCUGCUACAGACUCUGCACGGCAAAGAGAACGAGACGGCGCUGGACCUGCGUUACGACACCCCGGAGCCUUAUUCGGAACAGGAUCUGUGGGAGUGGUUGAGGAACUCCACCGACCCGCAGGACUCGCGGCGGCCCCGGGCCAAACGGCGGCCCAUGGUCAAGACGGGCAAGUUUAAAAAAAUGUUUGGCUGGGGGGACUUCCACUCGAACAUCAAGACGGUCAAACUCAACCUGCUGAUCACGGGUAAGAUCGUGGAUCACGGCAACGGCACGUUCAGCGUCUACUUCCGCCACAACUCCACGGGGCAGGGCAACGUGUCGGUCAGUUUAGUCCCUCCGACCAAGAUCGUGGAGUUGGACGUGGCGGCGGCGCAGCAGUCGGUCAUAGACGCCAAGGACUCCAAGUCCUUCAACUGCCGCAUCGAGUACGAGAAGGUGGAGAAGGGCGCCAAGAACACGCUGUGCAACUUUGACCCGUCCAAGACGUGCUACCAGGAGCAAACCCAGAGCCACGUCUCCUGGCUCUGCUCCAAACCUUUCAAAGUCAUUUGCAUCUUCAUCGCCUUCUAUAGCACCGACUACAAAUUGGUCCAGAAAGUCUGUCCCGACUACAACUACCAUAGUGACACUCCCUAUUUUCCAUCCGGCUGACCACCACAACAAAAAUAUGGUUGAGCGAGACACCGAGGAAUGUGUAUCGAACCCCUCGCCGUUGGAAUAUGUAGAUAUCAGGGCUUGACGGAUUGAUUGAUGGAUGGAUGGAUGGAUGGAUGGGUGGGUGGGUGGGUGGAUGGAAGGAUGGAUGGAUGGAUGGAUGG